CGUGUGCAUCAUACUGCAUAAAAAGGCCGCGUCUCCCCCGUUAUAUGACUGAUGACUUGAGCUUAAUCUUUCGUCACAUUCACCAACAACUGUGAAUUGAUCCCUGUCUGGCCAUGCAAUGAUCAGCAAUUCAUUGACUGGAUCAGAACAAGCAAUUGAGUUGGAUCUUGGAAUUGCUGCUCGCGUUAAUUCACAUUUCACCUCUCCUCUUUUACUCAGCUAAGAUUUAACUUGAUCACCUGAACCAAAUAAAGAUUAACGAACAAGACAAGGACCCUUUCUUAUUCUUCUUGGUCUUGUUCCUUUUUUUAGGCUUUAAGUUUGUCCCACUUUUACGCCUCCCCCUGGUCUGCUCUAGCCUGGUCGGGUCUGUCCAGGCCGUGACUUUUGGUGGGAAAGCCCCCAAAAGGAAGAGUCGAUAAGUUCGGCGACCCCAGAAGCAAGCCCAGCCAACAAACUCGGCUCCCGUCUAUAACCAUUCGCAUACACAUACACAUACUUCCAUACAUAAUACUUAGUACAUCCUUCGUCUUCUCUCUGCGCCUCCUUCGUGCGUCCAUCUCCCCAGCUUCUUUCUCCUUCUCCUCUUUCGUUCAGUCAGUCAGUCAGUCAAUCAUUCAACUGCGACAUCUUCUACACCCGCCAAAUACACCACGCUAUACUACACUACACUGCUAUCCCAUCUGAUCUGAUCUGAUCUGGUAGAUCUGCGACCUUACUUUGGCCAGCUAUGGCUAGUCACUAAAGUUGGGAUCCUCAUUCCUUAACAAGACCUUCAAUCCACAGGUCAACGGCGAUCGUCGCCGCCCCUUGCAGCAAACAUGGGCUGCUGCCUCUCUCGUUCUUCGGGUCCCAACUCUCCCUACCCAGGUGGCGCACCCAACGCUUCGUCGCGCGCUAUCAAUCCUCCCCCGCUGGCACUCCCAGAAGCCGCUCAACCGCAAAUUCCCGCCGAAAGACGUCGCCAGCACCGUCGCAGUAAUCGUCCUCUGGAUCAGCAUAUCGAUAAGCCUUUGCGACGACACGAGUGGACUUCACGCGAUCGCACAUGGACUAAGAGCGAAUUGGCAAAGGAACGAGUUGCCUUCUUUGAUACAAGAGUCACCGGCAGACCUGAGAUAUGGCAGACAAUUCAUGCGGCCCUGGCUGUCUUGUGGGAUCCAGCGGGCCAGGAUGCGCAAGAUGACGGAUCCAAUGGCCUUGCGACGGCUCAGAUGAUUUUAUCCGCUGCUGAGAUCUCUCUCCCGACUGGCAACCUCUCCAAUGGCGUGUACGACUCUCUAGGAAACUACUAUCAAAUGCCGGAAUGGGUUGUUUGCGAUCCGCUCAAUGUGCAGGAGGAUCGAGAAGAGGGCGCAAAGAGUAAUCUCUCAAAUGCUGGCGACGACACAGCAGCAGAUGAAGAACUGAGCGACGAAGAGAUGGAGGGCAAGAAACAAGAAAAGGGUAAAGAGGUGGACGAUGCCCAAGAGACAGUCAAACUACGAGCCAGGCUCAGUGAGAACGGCCAAGAUAUCAACGUCGCCAUAUAUGAGUCGGAUACUGUUCGUAGUGUAGCCAAAAAGAUUGCUCUCGAGGCUGGCCUUGCGUCGACCAAGAAGAUCAGGAUAGCAUACAUGGGUAAGAUUCUUAAGGACAACCUAUCUCUCACGGCACAAAACUGGCAGACUGGUCAUGUCGUCAAUGCCCUUGUCUUUGACAUUUGAUUGUGCCCUACCGCUAUCCUCCCAGCGCCAGACAUGAGGCAACCUGGUCCCUGAACAUUUGUCUCAGCCAAACACUUCACCCUCAUCAUCAACUUAUCCCAAUGGCAGCUUUGCCUUUUAUUGAUCCGCUGCGUUCGGCCACUUUUGGACAAUACCCUAUAUCGUUUUUCCUGCUUUUACCACAUCUGUCUGUGUCUUUUGGAGUUGGUGGGUGCUGGUCUAGCGAUUAUUUCCCCAUCACUUAUAUUCCUCGCAUAUCCCCUUGUGUCGAGAUUGAUUUUGGAUACUAUUAACCAGCUGUUGCUCUUACAAUACAUAUGUAUAUGAGCCCAACAAGGCAUCCAACAAAAGUUUGGCAAGGCCCUCGCUAAUAUCACUUUUCCCUGUUCUGAACGAGAAAGCCGAGCUAUUCAACCACAAUUCGUGAUAGCCACUGGCUCUGACUGUGACCCUAUGUGAAACCAUGUGCCUUUGUAAUCAACGUCUACCUAAACCUGCUUACAAUGAACUCUACCAGGGACCCAUCGCACAGCCUUUUGGUGGGAAAACACCCAUUAACAUGCUCCGACCCUGACUCCGCUCCAACCAUCGUCAUGAAUCUUGCAAUGCUGAGACAACCCUUCUCAUGUAAUUAGAUCCAGGUGUUUGUACGUAUAUCAGCUGACCUAAGCCGUGGACCCGAUCUUGUUAAGUCCCUUCAAAGAGCCUAAGCUCAGUGCCAAGCCUUGUGAUCGACUUCUUAUUCUGACGAAACCAGUGAUGGGUCCAUCUUCGCCCUCCUUCUCAA